AUGGCAUACAUUAAUCCUGAGUUGGCUCAGGAGGAGAAGAACUUAGGCAAUGAGUUGUUCAAGAAAGGAGACUAUCCGGGUGCUAUGAAGCAUUACAAUGAAGCUGUAAAGCGAGAUCCUGAAAACGCUAUCCUCUACUCGAAUCGUGCCGCGUGCUAUACAAAACUAUUAGAUUUUCAACGAGCCCUUGACGAUUGUGAACAGUGCAUCAAACGUGAUCCGAAAUUCAUAAAAGGUUACAUCCGAAAAGGCGCUGUGCUGACCGCAAUGCGAGAGUGGACUAAGGCGAAACGAGCCUAUGAAGAUGCUCUCGCCGUGGAUCCUUCAAAUUCUGAAGCCCUUGAGGGGCUGCGUAAUUGCUUCCGUAGCAACGAUGAGGAUCCAGAAAAGGCUAGAGAACGAGCGCUCGAAGACCCUGAGGUGCAAGCCAUACUCCGUGACCCUGGAAUGCGAUUGUUGCUGGAACAAAUGAGUCAGGAUCCUGGGGCAGUCAGAGAGCACCUUCAGAAUCCUGACAUAGCAGCGAAACUUAUGAAGCUCCGUGAAGCUGGUAUUAUUCAAAUGAGGUAA